UAAAACACAAGGAGAAAGACAAAAACUCCAGUCCGCCGAUUUUGUUGUUCUUUUUUCUCCGGUCCACGCUCACAAUUCACUUGGCGCUUACUCUACAAGGUCGUCAUUUUCCAGCCCAACAGUAGUUUUCCUCUCAAUAAUCCGCUCUGUCUUUCACCAAUUCUCACUCACUCACUUCCUCCAAAAGGAACUGUUUUUAUGAUCAAGACAAGAUGCGAACAAGAAGAAUCGCUGCUGUUGCUUUGAUUUUCAGCCCAACAACGACAGCACGUAAUAACUAUCCGAAAGGUAACCCAUUUGUCCAUCAUCAUACACUCUUGUUUCAUCCUACCCAUUUUUCUACAAACCCUAAUCCCACUGAUGUCAUCGCAAUCACGAACCGGCAGCAACUACAGAAGUUGCUGUUGGAGAAAUCUAAGACGGGUUUUCACAAGCUCGACCAUGCUCUUAGUUUGUUCCAUCUAAUGGCCCGAUUUCGACCUCUGCCUUCUGUGAUAGAUUUUAAUCAGCUGUUAACUGCUGUUGCCAAGAUGAAGGAAUAUUCAUCCGUCAUUUCUCUAUAUAAAGAAAUCCGCGAGUUGGGCAUUCCAAUUGAUGGAUGUACGCUGAAUAUUUUGGUCAAUUGUUUUUGCCAGUUGAAUCGGGUAGAUUUUGGGUUUGCUAUGUUGGGCAUCUUCUUCAAAUGCGGUUGUACUCCGAACGUGACUACCUUCACCACUUUGAUGAACGGGUAUGUUUUAGAAGGUAAGACUUCUGAUGCUGUGAAUUUGUUCAUAAGGUUGAUAAAAUAUGGAGACAUCGAACCUGAUGCAAUCACAUAUGGGACAAUCAUGAAAGGACUUUGCAAAGUAGGAGACACUGCGAUGGCUAUACGGUUGCUGAGGACUAUGCAGAAAAGGAACUAUAGGCCUGGUGUAGUGAUGUAUAGCACAAUCAUCGACAACCUUUGUAAGGACGGGAACAUAGAUGAUGCUUUGCAUCUCUUAUCGGAGAUGAGUGAAUUGGACGUUGUGCCUGAUGUGGUCACCUACAACUCUUUGGUCGAUGGCUUAUGCAAAUCAGGUCGAGGGAAGGAUGCCGCAAGAAUAUUGAGUUAUAUGACGGAGCGAAAUAUUUUCCCUAAUGUUGUAACCUUCAGUAUGUUGAUAAAAGCACUUUGCAUGGAGGGAAGGACCGAAGAAGCGGAGGGCAUACUCCAGAUCAUGAUCCGAAGAGGUGAGGAACCCGAUGUUAUUAGUUAUAGUACACUGAUGGACGGAUAUUGUUUGCAAGGUCACAUGAAGAAAGCAAAAGAAGUGUUCAACUCCCUAGUUGAUAAGGGCCUUGAACAUGAUAUCCGUAGCUAUAAUAUUCUAAUCAAUGGUUUUUGCAAUAAGAUGAAUAUAGGCGAGGCCAUGAAACUCUUUAGGGAAAUGUCGCGUAAAGGGUUAAAACCUACUACCUCUACUUACAACACUUUGUUAAAGGGGUUGUUACGCGUAAGGAGGUGCAAUGCAGCAUAUCAUAUGUUUCACGAGAUGAUGUGUAGCGGUCAAAAUCCUGACAUUUUAACUUACUCAAUCUUGUUAGAUGGAUUCUUUAAGAACCAAAAAAUUGGCAAGGCAGUAGAGGUGUUUCGUUCAAUGCAAGAUCAAGGAAUAGUCCCUGAUUUUGUUAUUUAUCUUAUCAUCAUUAAUGGCAUGUGCAAAGCGGGGAAGAUUGAAGAUGCUCGAAAACUUUUUAGUACCUUCUUAGCUAAAGGUUUGAAACCCAAUGUUAAGAUUUACAACACGAUGAUUGGUGGACUUUGUAAGAAGGCCCUGCUGGAUGAAGCUGAGGAGUUACUAUUGCAAAUGGAGGGAGAUGGGUGCCCACCAAAUGAUGUUACUUACAAUAUUGUUGUACAGGCAUUCCUGAAAAGGGGAGACAUACAUAAGGUUAAGAUCCUUCUGCAAGAAAUAAUCAACAGGAAUUUCAAACCAGAUGCAACUACCGUGUCUAUAGUGGUGGAUUUACUUACAGUUGAUGAUGAGGAUAGAAAUUUUUUGAAAAUGAUUCUGAGUCUUGUGCAAAGGGAGGAUAGUAAGGCUGUCUCCCAAACUUUAUUAAGGGAAUGAUUUGUAGUAGUCAGAUUAUGGAUGCUAGUGCAAGUGACAUGCAAGGAUCUAUGACAUCCAGUGUCAACUUUAGGAGCAAGUUUCAGCUUUACAAUUGACCUCUUGCCAUUGAGAUUUGCCUUAUGUCUGUAAUUUUGCUUGAGGUUAAACUAGAAAUUUGUAAGGUCAAAUUCUUUUGGUGUUUGUUAUUCAUCUAUUUGAUAAAUUGUUUUCCACUAGACAGUCUUUUUUGUUGGUAAAUCUUAUCUUAAGUUGUUAAAUAAUGAUCCUCCCGUGUAAAAAUAAAAAAAUUCUUAAACAUAUGAUUAAUUACAUGAAAAGCUAUUCAGGUGAGAACACAAACGGCGUGAAAUAUAUAUUUAAGAGCACAAAUAUGUAUGAAUAGUUGAAUACUUCAGCAUUUUAGUUUUUUUUUAUGUUUCUUUGUUGAUUGUUAAGAAUAUUGUUAUGUGAGGCUUAUAUUCUGAAGAAGGAUAAAUACACUUUGAACCUCCUACUUUACCCAUCUGUCAUUUUCUGUUACCGGAUGCCGGGUGGCCACUUACACUUGUAAGCCUGCUGGUAAUUGAGAUAAGUUAAACCCUCAUGUGGCACUUGUGUGUCAUUCUUUUGGUAAUCUACCGGUGGGGAUGGGGGACCUCUUAAGAAUUGUCCUCAUGCCAUGCUGUAGUUUAUGAAACUCAAGGAAUAAACAUUGUUUUGGUAUCCCAUGGAAAGAUAGGCGUCACCACUGUGGCAAUUGGUCCAUCUCUACACUCUAGUUAAGAGAAUGCUCCACUGUUUGAUUUUUGUUCUCAUCCUGACGUAACUUGGUAUGGGGGGAACUGUUAAGAAUUGUCCUCGUGUCAUGCUGUGGUGUAUGAAACUCGAGGAAAAAACUUUGUUUUGGUAUCCAAUGGAAAGAUAGGCGUCACCACUGCAGAAAUUGGUCCAUUUGUACUCUCUAGUUUAGAGAAUGCUCCACUGUUUGGUUUUUGUUUUCAUCCUGACGUAACUCGGUAUGUUUGUGGCAUGAUUUGUAUUUUGAGGACUUGAAAUUUGUAGUGAACCCUGAACGUCCUUCCUCUCUCUUUCUCCCUCAUCGUUUCCUUUUUCUGCGGCAAUUAUUCAGUUACAAGUGCCAAGGGAUUAAAUAACAUGUCUUGAGUUUUUUAUACUAAAAAUAUGGAUACGUAAUAAAGUGGUAUGUAAUGGAUUUCUGAUGUUCUGUAUUGGCUGCCCGGGAAGUGAGUUUCAUGUUAGCAUUGACCUCUUUAAUGAACAGAUGGAUGUCUUGUACUCCUAAUGUUUCAUUGUAUUCAUCUGUAAUUGUUAAACUCUGCGUAUGUUUCUUCUUUAAUGGAGUUGGACAUCUUCUUUUUUUCUUCUUGAAUGUCUUUUUUCCUUGGUAAAUAGUAUAUCCAAAGUUUUUAUUUGGAGAUCAUAAAAUUGAAAGCAGCAUUAUUUAUAUAUAACUAAUUGGGCAAAAAAUCUUUGUAGUUAAUCAUGCACGUGAUGCCCAAAUCUAUUUGAAUACACCCACUAGAGUUUGAACACUUGCAUGCUGCUAUUACUAGGCAUACAGAUAAUUGAAGAGACUGGCCAUUUGCUAUCCAAAUGAUACCAUUUGCAAUGUGAUUUUCUGGGUGGAAGCUUACUUUACUGAUGUUUCUAUCCUUUGUUUACUCUGCUAUGACCUCCUCUCUAGUUUCAUGAACCCUGCUGCAAGAUUCUUUGUUGUCCAUUAUAGUUAUAGUGUUGUGUCUUCCCUCUUUCGGGAUCUUGAAAGUUUGUACUAAUUUGCUUGCUCUGCACGACUAGCACAAAAUAUAAUGUAAGUUAUGACGGGUGUUUGACCUAUUUAUGCAAGAUCUCUGGAUCCUUUGAACUCAGGCUUCAUGUAGGCAAUUAAGCAGGUAAAUCGUUUUUUUACCCUCUUAUUAUUCUGCUAUGGCCAAUGUGUUAUCAUUUUCUUUUAGGCAUCAUCAGUUGGAAAUAAUCUUACAUACAUUGGUGCUUGUUUUUUUACUUGAAAUGAGUUUCAAAUAUAAAGUUUUUCUUGUCAGUUGAAUGGCCGAUAAACAAAAGAUGUCCCUUCGAUUGGGCAUUAAUUCCCGUCAAUUUAACACUUGUAAUUUGACUUCAGUUUAAUGAUCUGGAGUGCCACUUCGAAAAGUUGGACACGACUUUGUACAUUUAUAGCAUUUUUGUUUCCAUUGCUCCAUCCCUCUCAACUCUUUUGAUUUUUGUCAUCUUUUAAAGCAAUCUGCAAAUAGAGAACCUUGUCUUUCUCUGUUCUUACUUUGUUUGUUUUGUUUAACAGAUAAAUUAGCUUGGGUGUUGUCCUGACAUUACCACCACAGUGACAUAACUACCAGCUUCUUCGGAAAUUGGUUGAUUCAGGAAACUCUAUUCUCUCUGAAAGACAUGGAAGUGAUGAAUGUGCCAGUUUCGCAAUGCUCCUUUCUAGUGGGUGAAGGUUGGACCGUGCAACUACCGUAUUUCUUUUUGUCUGAAUCGAUUGGAUAGUUAGCUAUUUACUAUGGUAAGCUUUAGCGAGUCCCCUGGACAUUUGGUUACUGUCAAAUGAAGCAAUGCUUUUCUGGCUAAUGGGACAUGAAUAAUUUUACAUUA